UGACGAACGCCAUGAACGGCGCCUCCGCGAUGGCGUGCGCAUUGACAUGACUCUGGACAAAGCGGUGCGCGUGCUCAAUCAGCGCAGCAUGGUGGCAGUUGCUCUAUCACGCAACUGCAGCAACUCGGCUUUGAUACACCCCAAUGUACGCAUCUUGCAGAGCGGCGCUAAAGUCGAAAUAGUCACCUACGACGGCAUGAAGGGCAAUAACUUUGUUCGCUAUGCCAAGAUGUGGUACAAGGGUGUGAGCUUCACCAGCGAGGCGUGCGCUCUCAUCUACCUGGUGGACACAGCCGGGACGCGCACCACAACCGACACUUUCACUGAUCUGACCAAGGACUACACCUGGCAGUGUUCUAUGACGACUCGCUGCAUGAUCCCUCUUAUAUGGCUGAAGCCCAUGACGUGA